GAGAUUGAUCUGCGAUAGGUUUUAAGCCUGUUUUAACCCCAUUUCGUUGCCUCGUGGUGGGAUUGCGCUGGACUUCGCGACAAGCACCGAACAAAGACGAUUAUUUCCUUCGAGAGGAUACAAUCGUCUUAAAAAGCCGCAGACUCUUAAAGCUUUAAGAGACACUCAGGUCACUAGAGAUUCGCGCAGGGCCGCCAUUCUCAGCCCUCUAUCCCCUUUCGCCAAACGGGGUUUCGGCAAUCCUCUCAAAUGAAUUAUUCGGACCUUGACGCCACAUCUCAUUUCACGAAGAAUGAAACACGGAAGACACGCACUUCGAGAAAAAGGGAAGAACUUAUUGUCGUGCAAAAGAAACGCGCUAUUAAAGGGAAAGGGCGGCCAGAGAAACCGGAAAGGCGCUGUGGGACCGAAAGAAGCAAGAAAAGCAACGCCUGCUUGCCGGAAGGAGUAACAGCUCGUUCGAAACAACGGAUAGAAAGGUCAAGAGAUGCGCCAGCGUUCGCCCACACAAACAAACGACACUGCCGCGGCAGCGCGAAGUUCAGGCAACUCCUUUCUUUUCUUCUCUCUCUCUCUCUCUCGCCGCGCGCCUACACGAGCGUCAUCGUAGUCUGGCAUGAUGGUCUGGCGGCGGCGGCGUCCCGAAGACGAACCGUUCAAUGAUCCCGCGCAGGCGCACUGCUGGUCGAACUGCAGCAGCGGGAGCGCCGCUCGCCGCUCCUGCUUCCAACGGCCGCACUGUCGCGUUGCCGCGAUGCAAGCCGUCCUGAUCUGCUCCCUGCCGAACCUGGCUGGCCCCGCCCACAGGACUAGGACGCCCGGAACAUCGAGAGUCGACGACCAAGGCGGCCGCAAGAUCAGCUGGCCCCUCGUAGCCAGCGUUCGCAAACAGCUGCUUUCCCGACGAGUGGCGCCCAAGAGCAGCGACGCCGGACCCCCGCCGACCCCGGUGACGAAGGAGCCGAGCUUCGCGCAGAAACUACGUCACUGACCGUUUCAUGCAGAUCAUCAAGGCAGCGGCAGCAGCAGAGGCAAAAGCAUCGGCGAACGCAAUCGGCGCGUCCUGCCAGAGUGGCGCCAAAUCGUGGGGCAUCCGGCUAAGAUACAGUUGCCACAAUGACUGUUCGUACGGCAAUGAUGGAUGUGUGGCUGGAUAAAAGCGCCGUCGAAAGCCCAAAACGAAGAUCCACAGCUGUGAAAUCUGUGGAGGAUGUCUUGUCCACUUUGGGCCUGGUGCGAAAGCACGAGCUGGCCACGACGGGCUCGCACAUUUAUCUCUACACAGCCGAGUCGGCGGGAUUGUCCUGCCUCAUCACGGUUUAUUCUAACGGCUUCUUAACAGUGACCAUAGAAGACGCGAAUCCUGAUUCUCCUCUCACCAACCAGGUCAUGGAAGAGCUCAAACUGAAAAUAAAAGAGAGCAUCAAAACUCGUAUAGAAAGGUCGGAACUCUGUUCACAUCAAUGCGAGGCCAGGCCAAUCCCGCUGAUCAAACGAGGAACUCCUGUGCCAAACUACUACACGACCUCGGACGAGAGAAUUCUCGAGUACGACUUUGACAAGAUUGUGUUUGAGGAGAAGUCCAAGUACCAGCACGUCAAGAUACUGCACUCGCCUACGCUAGGAAACUGCCUUCUUUUGGAUGAUCUUCAAAAUCUUGCCGAAAAGGACAUCAACUACACUCACGGCUUGAUGAAGUAUCCCAGCGUCAGCUACGCGGACAAAGAGGUGCUCAUACUAGGAGGCGGCGACGGUGGCCUUCUAUGUGAAUUGCUCAAGGAAAGACCCAAAUACGUCACCAUGGUGGAUAUUGACGAAAUGGUGAUCAGCGCCUGCCGACAGCAUCUUAGAGGAGCUUGCGGCAAUGUUCUCGACACACUCAAGGGAACCAACCACGAGAUAAUUAUAGAUGACUGCGUGAAGAAGAUGAAGGAAUACAUUACCGAAGGGAGACAGUUUGACGUAGUUUUCAACGACCUGACCGACAUUCCUAUCAGCACUGAACCACAAGGCGAACACUGGGACUUCAUCAAAAAAAUUGUUACAAUGGGGCUUGCUGUGCUUAGAGUCAAUGGACUUUUCCUCAACCAUGCCAUAGGAGUCAGCUGUCCGUCGGCUCUCGAGACCUACGAGGAACUUCUCAAAGAGCUGCCGUUCAAACUCACCUUUUCGAAGCACACGGCUCAUGUGCCAUCAUUCAUGGAAGACUGGGUGUUCUACAAGAUCACGAAGUUGGAAUGAUAUUCGGGUGCUAUUAGCGCUGUACAAGGCCAUUUAACACUUGUCGAUCACUCUCUGCUCUUCCGGCGAGCGUGGACCACCGUCCGUAGCCACUUCCUCUGCGCGGUGGACUUCCUGCCACAGCCUGCCACCUGUGCGGCCUGCGGCCACCGAAUUACUCGCCCUUUCUUUCCUCUUCAACUAGUACUACCAUUGCUACUACAUCUCCUCCUCCGGGUUUUCGUUUCUAGUCUCCUUCUGCUGCUCAGUUCACCAUCGUCGUACCGUACCAUCAUUUCCCGCGUACCACAAGGUUUCAUCAUAGCUGUACCAAAUAAGUGUGCUAGGCGGCUCAAUGCUUUUUCCUCACAUACGCGCGCUGAACCAAGUAUACAUACACUACCCACAUUCCCGCAAUGUAAUAAAAGAAGUAUUGCUCCACAGACAA